AUGGAGGAUACUGAUACUGCUAAUACGAUGAAGAUGACGUUGUUUAGUGAAGAAGAGGUGAGGGACAUUUACGGGUUGAAAUGGGGCUGCGGCGGUGGUGGUAGCGAUGACGAUGACUACAUAGAGGUGUCGUGUGGCUGCACCAGCCAUCGAUAUGGGGAUGCCGCAGGUCGACUUCGGGUUUUCUCUUCUGGUUUUCUUGAAAUCAGCUGUGAAUGCUUCCCUGGUUGUAAGGAAGACAAGCUGACACCAGCUGCAUUUGAGCAACAUUCUGGAAGAGAAACAUCUAGGAAAUGGAAGAAUAAUAUCUGGGUUAUUGUUGAUGGGUACAAAAUGCCCUUGUACAAGACAGCAUUGCUCAAAUAUUACAAUCAAGCAUCAAAAAGUGGUAAUGGUUCAAGCAGAUCACGCAAUGUGAAAGUCCAUCGUGACGAGUUUGUUAGAUGCAGAGAAUGCAAUAAAGAGCGCAGGUUCCGUCUCCGCAACAGAGAGGAAUGCCGCAGUUACCAUGAUGCUUUGGCAGAUUUAAAUUGGAAAUGCUCUGACAUGCCUCAUGAUGAGGUUAACUGUGACGAUGACGAAGAAAGAGCAAGUCGCAGGAUCUACAGGGGCUGUUCCCAAUCUUCAACAUGCAAGGGUUGCACCUCUUGUGUCUGUUUCGGUUGUGAAAUCUGUAGGUUCUCAGACUGCAGCUGCCAGACUUGCUCUGAUUUCACUAGGAAUGCAGAAGCUUAA